GGGCUCUCCUCCGGUUUGGAGGCAUCAUGGCCGCUAAGUCAGACGGGAGGUUGAAAAUGAAGAAGAGCAGCGACGUGGCGUUCACCCCGCUGCAGAACUCGGACCACUCGGGCUCGGUGCAAGGACUGGCUCCGGGCUUGCCGUCGGGGUCGGGAGCCGAGGACGAGGAGGCGGCCGGGGGCGGCUGCUGCCCGGACGGCGGCGGCUGCUCGCGCUGCUGCUGCUGCUGCUCUGGGAGCGGCGGCUCCGGGGGCUCGGGCGGCUCGGGCGGCGGCGCCGGCGGCCCGGGCGGCGGCGGCAGCGGGGCGGGCGCGGCGGCGCCGGGCCCGCGCCUGGGCAGGGAGCAGCGGCGCUACUCGCUGUGGGACUGCCUCUGGAUCCUGGCCGCCGUGGCCGUGUACUUCGCGGACGUGGGCACGGACAUCUGGCUGGCCGUGGACUACUACCUGCGCGGCCAUCGCUGGUGGUUUGGGCUCACACUCUUCUUCGUGGUGCUCGGCUCGCUCUCAGUGCAAGUGUUCAGCUUCCGCUGGUUCGUGCACGAUUUCAGCACCGAGGACAGCGCCACGGCCGCCGCUGCCGCCAGCUGCCAGCAGCCUGGAGCGGAUUGCAAGGCAGUGGUCAGCGGUGGGUCUGCAGCCGGGGAAGGCGAGGCUCGUCCUUCCACGCCGCAAAGGCAAGCAUCCAACGCCAGCAAGAGCAACAUCGCCGCCGCCAACAGCAGCAGCAGCGGGGCCAACCGGGCCAGCGGCAAACCCAGGUCUGCGUCCUGCUCCUUCUGCAUCUGGCUCCUGCAGUCGCUGAUCCACAUCCUGCAGCUCGGGCAGAUCUGGAGAUAUUUCCACACAAUCUACCUAGGCAUUCGAAGCCGACAGAGCGGGGAGAGCGACAGGUGGCGGUUCCACUGGAGGAUGGUGUACGAGUGCGCGGACGUGAGCAUGCUGCACCUGCUGGCCACCUUCCUGGAGAGUGCCCCGCAGCUGGUGCUGCAGCUGUGCAUCAUCGUGCAGACGCACAGGCUGCAGGCCCUGCAAGGUUUCACUGCAGCAGCCUCCCUCGUGUCCUUGGCCUGGGCCUUGGCGUCUUACCAGAAGGCCCUUCGGGACUCCAGAGACGACAAGAAGCCCAUCAGCUACAUGGCGGUCAUCAUCCAGUUCUGCUGGCACUUCUUCACCAUCGCCGCCAGGGUCAUCACCUUCGCCCUCUUCGCCUCCGUUUUCCAGCUGUACUUUGGGAUCUUCAUCGUCCUGCACUGGUGCGUCAUGACCUUCUGGAUCGUGCACUGUGAGACGGAGUUCUGCAUCACCAAAUGGGAAGAGAUUGUGUUCGACAUGGUGGUGGGGAUUAUCUACAUCUUCAGCUGGUUCAACGUCAAGGAAGGCAGGACACGCUGCAGGCUGUUCAUUUACUACUUUGUGAUCCUUCUGGAAAACACGGCCCUGAGUGCCCUCUGGUACCUCUACAAGGCCCCCCAGAUCGCAGAUGCAUUUGCCAUCCCAGCUCUGUGCGUGGUGUUCAGCAGCUUCUUAACUGGCGUUGUUUUUAUGCUGAUGUAUUAUGCCUUCUUUCACCCCAAUGGACCCAGAUUUGGGCAGUCACCAAGUUGUGCUUGUGAGGACCCAGUUUCUGCCUUCUCUCUGCCUCCAGAAGUGGCCACAAGCACCUUACGAUCCAUCUCCAACAACCGCAGUGUUGUCAGUGACCGUGAUCAAAAAUUCUCCGAGCGGGAUGGGUGUGUACCUGUCUUUCAGGUGAGACCCACUGCCCCGUCCACUCCAUCAUCUCGCCCACCACGGAUUGAAGAAUCAGUCAUUAAAAUUGACCUGUUCAGGAAUAGGUACCCAGCGUGGGAGAGACAUGUUUUGGACCGAAGCCUGCGAAAGGCUAUUUUAGCCUUUGAAUGUUCUCCGUCUCCUCCAAGGCUGCAGUACAAAGAUGACACCCUCAUCCAGGAGCGGUUGGAGUAUGAAACCACUUUAUAAAACCACUUUAAAAAACAAAAACACUUGCAGGAGCUACAACAUCCAAAUGAAGGGUGAGAGCAGGGCUGUGGCAAUAAUGACACUUCAUUCUAGAGGAGGGCAAUGAGCAGUAGUGACCUUCUCAUCUGACCAUCAUCACGAUUGUCAUUGGAUCCUCUGCUGGUCUCCCUCCAAACCAGCAGUGCCCGGUAGUCACUCCACCAGAAUGAACGAUGCCAGCUGAACAUGACUCUCCAUGGCUACCGAACUCCUCCUACACGGUCGUGGAGAGCUCCCACUAGACAGUACUGUUAUUAUGGAAAAUUUUGCCUCUGAUCCAUAAGAUGUUUUGAUGGAGUUAACUUAUCUUUGCAUAAAAAUAGAUUCAGUCAUAUGUGCAUAACACACACACACACACACACUCACAUGCACACGGAAACAUCAGUCCUCCGUCAAAAUAGUUUAGGUGAUUUUUCCUGAUGCAAAGCUCUGAUUCCCCCAGGAAUAUAAAAACAGAGAGAAAAUAUAUCCCUCAAGACUCCAGGAAAAAAAUAGAACUGCUUAGAAAAGAAUUCAUAACCCGUUUUCUUAUUUGGAAACCUAUACGUGUGUGAAAAGGACAGCAAACGCGAGUGUGUUUACACACGUAAUUAGCACUGAUGGAAUGGUUCAUUUUCUACACAUUUCAGGAUUUUUUUAUUUUACAUUUUCUGUUGAGAACAUCCUUUUUGACAGAAAUCCUAUGCAGCACAGGUAUGGCUUUCGACAAGACCUAGGAGUGAGAUAAUUCCUUGAUGUAAAUUAAAUGCUAUCCAUGGUUCAGUGUUCAAUCGCAAAAAUGUCUAAGUACACAAAGAAGAAAUGGGGGGGGAGGCACAAUGAGCAUCUGAUUCCCUAACAUGUGCAGCUCCCAUUGGAACGUGGGGCCGAGGGAUGGAAGAGGAAUGGGCUGGAGCCAGAUCCGUUUCUGGUCAUAGAGCAAGUGGCUCUGUGUGAUCCCAGGAGCAAUUUCAAGAGACGCCAGGCUGCUCCUUCCUAGUGCCAAACACCUCCAACCACAGGACUGAAGUGCAAGCCCCAAACAGCUGAGAGUGAGUGGUGUGAGCUCCCCAAAAAACAGACAAGAGAAUGAAUAAUCAAGUUCUCCACUGUGUACAGACUUUAUCCUCCCCGUCCAAGGUCAAAGUGAUGUGUCUUUUAGAGGCUUUGGGACACUUUUUAGUAAGUAUGAGCAGACAAAUGCUAUGAAUAUGCUAUGAGAGAACCCUUCUGAACUGAUACAGGGCUUAACGCUAUAUCCAGCUAAGAUUUGUAUUUGAAUCAUCUGUAAAGUCACACUCUUACAACAAGCUUCUGGGUUCUAAAUACCUCCGUACAGCAAGUAAACGUUCCCCAAUUUCUGUUCUCAGUGUCCUUGGUCAUGGUGCUUUUUGGUUGCAUUAAAAGUGCCGGUCAAACUUUGAUAGUAUUUUUUUAUAGUUGGUGCAGAGUGGAAUAACUCAUGGAUUAUUUCAAUAUUUUUAUAAUAAAAGUAUAGGGUAUACACAUAAACAUCAUCACUUUUUUUAUAGACCUGGAAUCAUUUAAAAUACUUUAAGCAUCAUAAUUACUUGGGAUGUCAGAAACUGGUCCACAAACUCCAUCCGCCUGCCUCGGCAGAUUGAAAACACUUGUCUCUUGCAAGAUCACCCUACUUUGCAAGCUGGUGCCCCCAGGAACCUGGCCAGGGGUGCUAUCAGAAUAUCAGGUGAUGAGAGAAUCAGCUUAACUAGUAAGGGCUUGUCAAAACUGGCCAAUGUUUCCCAGGAAAUCACAGAUGUAAAUGAUUGCUUUCGUCCAUCCAUUAUAACAAACCUGACCACAGUGGAAGAUGUCUUAAACCUCCUCCCUUGGUUUUAUAAUAUAUCAACCCAAAUGAUAGAUUAAAUACUAGUCAA